AUGUCGGCUACUCCGUUUGGCUCCAUGACGCCCGAUGAGCGGGAAGAGUUCCUCUCUCAGCCGGCGCUGGCAGCUCCCGACGGCUUCACGUCUCAUCUCGCCAACCCGGAGUCGCGGAAUGAUCUGGGCUUGUCGGUGACUAUCACAUGCACGGUGAUAGCAUGGGUCCUUUUCCUCCUUCGUCUAUACGCAUUUCUUGUGUAUCGCAAAGAGACACGGAUCCAAGAAGGUAUAUCACGUUUCCUAAACCCGACUAUGGCAAUUGCUCAACACUGACAUGGAAUGUAUUGAUAGGCUUGGCUCUAGUUGCUGCGGUUUGUCUCUCUAUACUCACAUGAAUCGAGGCAUUUCCAUCUUCUGCCUUGAGAGCACGAUAUUAACACAUUGGAAACUCAUAGGCCACCUUCACGGUUCUACUCUAUCCAGGUUACCACUUGGUAAAGAUUGGUGCAUUCUAUGUACAUCAAUGGGACAUGGACCGCCAUAAAUUUUCACAAGUACUGCUAGUGAGCUAUUCCUUUCUUUUGAUGAGCCAUGGCGCAAUGCCCAGUUCCAUGACAUGACCACAACGUGGUAUCUCACGAUGCUAUUCGCCAAGUCAGCCAUUAUGCUCGAGUGGCUUCGCGUCUUCUGGCCAGGACACUCGCGCAAUUACGUCUACUGGAUCUGCAAUAUCACCCUGGGUGUGCUGGUCGCUUACUUCAGCGCCGGGUUCAUCUUCUUCCAGGCACGCUGCCAGCCGUUUGAUAAAGCGUGGAACCCUUGGCUGGAGGGUACCUGCGCUAACAGGUCCUACAUCGAUAAGGCUUCCGUCUUUUUUUAUAUCGCCCUGGAUUUGGUCAUUUUCGUCCUUCCACAGACAAUGGUUUGGAGGCUUCACGCAUCCCUGAAAAGAAGGAUUGGCAAGUCCAUCAUAUUCUCCUUCGCGCUCCUGUAA